UUCGAUUCAACCGGAAAUUGCACGACCGCUGCACUGGCGCGUUCGAUUCAUCCUAGUUCUGAACGAGUUCAGUCCCAGUUCCGGAAAUGCUUGCACCGGCUCCGAAGCCAGUUCAGCGUUCGUGCAGUAGCAGACGACGAAAGCAGACGACUCUUCUCUUUUUUGCUCGCUGUGCUCGGUCAUUAAAGCAUGUUUGUUAUACACAACAACGUAGAAACGGAAGUCUUCCCACUUGUGGACGAAAAUGGUGUGCCCGUAGUGGACGGAAGCGGGAUGGUGUACGUUACCGAAGACGGAGAACGAGUUACGCUCGUCUUUGCCUCUGAGCCGGACGCAGACCCAACUGUCCUGCAGCCUGCGCGUCCACCCACAACGGACGUCGACGGGCAGCUGUGGAGUGCCGCGAAGACGAAGUUCUUUAUCGGCUGUUAUAAGGAACUAAAAGAGCGUCUGAGAGCAAAGGGGGGUUUCAGGACCAAACGAGCCCUUUGGCAGCAGCUGGCCGACACCGUCGUCGGAGAGUUCGGCGGCGUUGUCACCGCUGACCAGGCCGAAAACAAGUGGAAGUCCUUGGAGAGAGCGUACAAGAACGCCAAAUCGAAAAACAACAAGUCGGGCCACUCCAGGGUGCAUUUUGAAUACGAGGACGAGCUUCAUGACAUCCUCGAGAAAGAGCACCAUAUUUCACCAACUGUGUUGUUGGCGCCGGGAAGAGUGCUUGAAAAGGAAGGAGACAGCGCCGAGGUUGAAACCUCUCGAGGGACAGAGGCAGGACCCUCCUCCCUUGCCUUAGGGUUGGCUCCGCCCUCAAACCAGCGUGCUCCGGCCGGUACACCGAGCAAGCGAAAGAGGGAAACCGUCCUGGGCUCGCUGCUCAAGGUGUUCGCCGACAUGGAGGAGAGUCGCAAGAAACGACACAAGGACCGGAUGGCUCUUCUCGAGCGCCUCGUGACUGCAAUCGAGAAGAGCGCGCCGGCACAGUAGACGUGCUUCAUAACUUGAUUACAGUUUCACUGUUUCGCAGGCCGUUUUAUUUAUUCUUUUGUUAUUAUUUU